AUGGCUCGUAUCAACGGCCCUGAUGAAUCUUUAAAAAAAGCCCAGCAGGCACUGAAAACUCACCUGAAGAAGAGGGUUGAAUACAUCUUUGAAGGUUCAGCAAAGCAGGGCCACCAAACACUCCUCAAUGAGAUCUAUACAGAGCUCUACAUCACAGAGGGGGGACAUGGGGGAGUCAAUCAUGAACAUGAGGUCAGACAGAUUGAGACCGCAUCCAAGAGACAAGCUACACAGGAGACUGCAAUCCUCUGCAACGACAUCUUUAAGCCCUUACCUGGACAAGAGAAACCCAGAACUGUGCUUACAAAGGGCAUCGCUGGCAUUGGGAAAACAGUCUCUGUGCAGAAGUUUAUUCUGGACUGGGCAGAAGGAAAAGCCAAUCAGGAGAUUGAUUUUAUUUUCAGUCUUCCUUUCCGAGAUCUUAAUUUGAAGAAGGAAAGAGCAUUCAGUCUGAUGCAACUUCUGCAGCACUACUUUCCAGAACUGGAAAAGAUCAAAAGUUUUGAAGGUGAUGAAGUCAAAGUUGUAUUUAUCUUUGAUGGUCUGGAUGAGUGUCGACUUCCUCUACAUUUCCAAAGCAAUGAGAUCUGCUGUGAUAUAACAAAGUCAUCAUCAGUGGAUGUGCUGCUGACUAACCUCAUCAAGGGGAAUCUGCUUCCCUCUGCUCUCCUCUGGAUCACCUCCCGUCCUGCAGCAGCCAAUCAGAUCCCUCCUGAGUGUGUGCACCUGGUGACAGAGGUACGAGGGUUCAAUGAUCCACAGAAGGAGAAGUACUUCAGGAAGAGAAUCAGAGAUCAGAAUCUGGCCAGCAGAAUUAUGUCACACAUAAAGUCAUCCAGGAGUCUCAACAUCAUGUGUCACAUACCAAUCUUCUGCUGGAUUUCUGCUGCUGUUCUGGAGACAAUGUUGGGUGAAACAGACAGUGGAGAUCUGCCCAAAACUCUGACUGAAAUGUACACACACUUUCUGCUCAUUCAGACUGAUCGGAAGAAUCAGAAGUAUCGUGGCUCAGAUGCAGACCAAACCUCAGAGAAAAUGCCGGACUCCAAUGCAGAAAUCAUUCUGAAACUGGGAAAGCUGGCUUUUCAACAGCUGGAAAAAGGCAAUCUGAUAUUCUAUGAAAAUGACCUGAGAGAGAGUGGCAUUGAGGUCAGUGAAGCUUCAGUGUACUCUGGGCUGUGCACAGAGAUCUUUAAAGAGGAAAAAGGAUUAGGUCAGGAGACAGUCUACUGCUUUGUGCAUCUGAGCAUUCAGGAGUAUCUGGCUGCCUUGUAUGCGUUUCAUUCAUGUGUGAAAGGGAACAUGAAUGAAGAGGAGAAGGCUGGGGGUGACCGAGUGGUGCAGCUGUCCGAGUUACACAGGAGUGCAGUGGAUCAGGCCUUAGAGAGUAAGAAUGGACACCUGGACCUUUUCCUCCGAUUCCUUCUUGGCCUCUCUUUGGACCCCAUUCAGACUCUCCUGGGAAGACUACUGACACUGACUGGAAGCUGCAUGUCACAAAGCAUUGAGGAAACAGUCCAGUACAUUAAGAAGAAGAUCAGAGAGGAAUCUUCAUCAGAAAAUACCAUCAACCUUUUCCACUGCCUGAAUGAACUUAAAAACAAUUCCCUAGUGAGGGAAAUCCAGAAUUCCCAGAGAUCAGGAAAACUUUCUGAUAAAAAGCUAGAACCAGACCAAUGUUCAGCUCUGGCCUUUGUGUUACUGAUGUCUGAGGAGAUCCUGGAUGAGGUUGAUUUGAAGACCUACAACACAUCAGCAGCAGGUCGUCAGAGACUGGUACCAGUAAUCAGAGACUGCAGGAAGGCCAUACUGACCAGCUGUAACAUCACAGAGAAGUCCUGUGAUAUUGUUGCCUCAGCUCUCCGGUCAGCAAACUCAUCUUUGAGAGAUCUGGACCUCAGCUACAAUAACCUGGGAGAUUCAGGAGUGAAGUUGCUCUGUGGUGGAUUGAUGAGUCCAAACUGUAAACUUCAGAGACUUGGCCUGGGUUGGUGUUUUCUCACAGAGAGCUGCUGUGAUGUUCUGGCCUCCAUCCUGCGUUCUCCUCACUCAGAGCUGAGAGAUUUGGAGCUCAGAGACAACAAGCUGAAGGAUUCAGGAGUGGGAGUGCUCUCUGCUGGACUGGAGGACCCACACUGCAAACUGCAAAGACUGGGACUUGCAAGCUGUGAAGUCACAGAGAAGUCCCGUGAUAUUGUGGUCUCAGCUCUCCAGUCAUCAAACUCACCCCUCAGAGAUCUGGACCUCAGCUACAAUAACCUGGGAGAUUCAGGAGUGAAGUUGCUCUGUGCUGGACUGAUGAAUCCAAACUGUAAUCUACAGAGACUUGGACUAGACAGCUGUGAACUCACAGAGAAGUCCAGUGAUAUUGUGGUCUCAGCUCUCCAGUCAUCAACAUCACCCAUGAGAGAUCUGGACCUCAGCUACAAUAACCUGGGAGAUGCAGGAGUGAAGUUGCUCUGUGCUGGUCUGAUGAGUCCAAACUGUAAUCUACAGAGACUGGGACUGACCAGCUGUGACAUCACAGAGAAGUCCUGUGAUAUUGUUGCCUCAGCUCUCCAGUCAGCAAACUCACCCCUGAGAGAUCUGGACCUCAGCUAUAAUAACCUGGGAGAUUCAGGAGUGAAGUUGCUCUGUGGUGGACUGAUGAGUCCAAACUGUAAAUUACAGAGACUUGGCCUGGGUUGCUGUAAUCUCACAGAGAGCUGCUGUGAUGUUCUGGCCUCCGUCCUGCAUUCUCCUCACUCAGAGCUAAGAGAUUUGGAGCUGAGAGACAACGAGCUGAAGGAUUCAGGAGUGAGAGCGCUCUCUGCUGGACUGGAGGACCCACACUGUAAACUGCAAAGACUGGGACUGUCAGGGUGUAGAGUCACACAGAGAGGCUGUGAUUCUCUGGCUUCAGCUCUGCGUUCAAACCCCUCCCACCUGAGAGAGCUGGACCUGAGAUACAAUCACCCGGGAGACUCAGGGCUGACUGCUGCUAAACUGGACACACUCACACUGCUUGUGGAUCAUGGAGGAGAGAACAGGACCAAACCAGGACCCAGGAAAUAUGGCUGUCAGAUGGCACUGGAUCUAGACACAGUGCACAAAAUGCUGUCUCUGUCUCAGAGGAACAGGAAGGUGACACACACACAGGAGACAGAAGAGCCUUCUGACGAUCCAGAGAGAUUUGACUACAAGUCCCAGUUCAUGUGCAGAGAGAGUGUGCAUACGUCCUUUUACUGGGAGGCUGAGUUCAGUGUGUCUGAGGGGGGAUGGGCUCUUAUAGCAGUGACAUAUAAUGAAAUCAGCAGGAAAGGAGAGGAUUAUGAUGGUAGGCUUGGAUGGAAUAAAAACUCCUGGAAUCUGAUGUGGUUUAAUCACAGAUACUCUGUCAAUCACAACAAGAACCGAACACCCAUAUCUACCCCACCCUCCCCCUACCGCAUAGAAGGCUUGUUUGAUGAUGACGACAGUGCUGGUAGACGAGUGUACAAGGUAGGAGUGUGUGUGGACCGACUGGCUGGUACUCUGUCCUUCUACAGUGUCUCUGACUCAGACACACUGACCCUCCUGCACAGAUUCCACACACACCUCAUUGAACACACACCCGUCUGUGCUGGAUUUCGUGUGUAUAACUCCUCCAUGUCCCUGUGCCAGCUGGAGUAG